AUGUUCAGACUGGUGAAUCUCUGAACGACCCUUUGACCCACAUAGCAGCUAGGACGGUGUUUACAGCUCUGCACAUGCACCAUCUAGAGCUGUCACAAGAGCCAGAAUCAAUGAUAUUAGCUUCAUUUUAAAAUGUGGAACUGAAGCAAAGAGACUAGGAAACUAAAGGUCACAGAGCAAGUUACAGUUAACAUGUAGUAGAAUCUGCCACCCCGCCCCCAGGAUGCCUAAAUUUUUUUAAAUUUAUUUAUUAAAAAUUUCCACUUCCUCCAUUUCCCUCCCACUCUCCCCACUUCCUCUCCUCCUCCCUCUCCAGUCCUACAAGCAGUCAGGGUUCCCUGCCCUGUGGGAAGUCCAAGGUCCUCCCCGCUCCAUCCAGGUCUAGGAAGGUGAGCACAGGGUGCCUAAAUUUACCAUCGCCCAGAGUCCUCAAUCUAAAAGUCACAACAAAGAACAACCUAAGGCAACUGCAGAAAUAUAGAGGAGACGCAUGCAUCUAGGCCUAGAUCCCCGGCUGUGUGGGAGGAGACGGGGUCUCAACCCCUGAUUCUAAGUGAGGAUGCAGAAGAUCCGAGGGAAGAGGGCUGGAGCCUGGACCACUGAGUCUGAGGGAGGACGCUGAGUCUGAGGGAGGACGUCCGUGGUCUAGAACCAUAGCUAUGUUCAAGCAACGAGAGCUGGGGUUGGAGAGCUGGGUACCGGCCUGGUCCCCUGGAUCUAAAUGAGUUAGAGCUGGCUUCUGUCUAGGUGGGAGGAUAUCUGGGCUGUCCAAUGGCAGCUCCUUGCAUCCUGCUAGCCCCGCCCCAGAGCGCCACACUUUUAUAGGCCUUGACUGGCUUCUUCUUUUGCUCCUCCCUUUCCUGUUAAACCCCCGAAAGAUCUAGAAAAGACUUCAGACGCGACUGAAAAGAUGGAAGAGCUAAAAGAUGAGGCUUCGUGCAGCGGGGACAACCUUUCUCUGCCGUUAGCGGGAACUGAGGCACAGCCUGCGUCAGCUACCCCAGCCCUACCACCCUCGCUUCUGAGCACCCUAGACCCAGCCCACCUGGGACUCCCUGAGCAACUGGCCUCUGUGACUGUCCCCAUCCGCCUGGACACUCUGUCUUACCUCCUACACACUGCCCUGCUGGGGACCUACAAGUUCCAACAGUCCUUACCCCCUUGCUCCUGUUCUGCCCAGCCAUACCACAUCUCACCAGACACAGCCAGGAGGCCUCCCAGGAAAUGGGACCAGGCCUCUGGGGGCUGGGAGGUUCAGCGCAGGCCUUCCAGGGGCAGGGGCAGGGGCCAGGGCCGGGGCCAGUCCCGAUGGUGUCCUGGGAGAGCCAAAGAGUUGGAGAGGAGCAUGGCAGGAGGCCCUGGGGCUGGCCCCAAGACCCAACCAGUAACACCACUAUCCCAGGAUGGGAAGAAGGAAGCUGGAGCCCUGGAACCAUCCCCACCUCCAGCACCUUUGUCUGAAGACUGGGAGACAGACUACUAG